CACUUUUUUCUUUUCUCUUUUUUCCUGGUAGAAAUAUGGCGUGGAACGCAGGAAAGACAGGGUCCAAUACUACACCAUUGGGGCCACGUAAACGUAUGAUUGGCGAGGUCAAUAAUCAACAGGAUUUCUAUUCUAAUGAUCAAAAUGCCCGCGGGCGCUCAGCUGAAGUUUCUGACAGAUCAUCCCUUUCAGGUUCAUUGACUCCCGGUGGAAGCGAUGCAGCUGCACCUAAAAAUGAGAAUGGUACUGAAGAACCAAGACGCAAGCGCAAGAGCCGCUGGGCUGCAGAAGAUGAGAAGGUUACUAUUCCAGGCAUGCCAACUGCACUGCCUACCAACAUGACGGAAGAGCAGCUGGGCAUGUUUUUGUUGCAUACCAGACUUGAAGAGAUUUCUAAGAAACUGAAAACCGGAGAUGUUUUGCCGCCAGCAGAUCGCGAGAGAUCAAGAUCUCCGGAACCAGUUUAUAACUCUGAGGGUAAGCGUGUCAAUACACGUGAGUAUCGAUACCGUAAAAAGCUUGAAGAUGAGCGACAUCAAUUGAUUGAAAGCGCUAUCAAGAAAUAUCCGGAUUUCCGACCUCCAGCCGAUUACAAGCGACCCACAAAGACUAUGGAUAAAGUAUACAUUCCAGUGAAAGAAUUCCCUGAGAUCAACUUCAUUGGACUUUUAAUUGGACCCCGUGGUAAUACGUUGAAGAAGAUGGAAAGUGAAUCGGGCGCCAAAAUCAGUAUUCGCGGUAAAGGGUCUGUUAAAGAAGGAAAAAGUCGAUCCGAUUCAGCAUCUAGUGCAAACCAAGAAGAGGAUCUUCAUUGUUUAGUUUCUGCGGAUUCAGAGGACAAAGUGGCCAAGGCUAUUCAGCUCAUCAACAAGAUUAUUGAGACGUCGGCUUCUGUCCCGGAAGGCCAAAACGAACUGAAGCGCAUGCAGCUUAGGGAAUUGGCAUCUUUGAACGGAACACUUAGAGAUGAUGAGAACCAGACUUGUCUCAACUGUGGUGCGCUUGGCCAUCGCAAGUAUGAAUGUCCAGAGAUCCAUAAUGUUACUAUCAACCUUGUCUGUGGCAUCUGUGGUGGGCAUGGACACGCCACACGUGACUGCCGUGAACGCAACAAUCCUGAGGCUGCAGAGAAGGCCCAGCAGAGAAACCAAAAGAUUGAUUCAGAGUACUUGAGUUUGAUGGCGGAAUUGGGCGAACAAGUCCCAGUAGAAACAGCUGGAAUGACAGGAUCGGAUCGCGGAGAAAGACACAGUGAUUCAGCGGGUCACUAUGGUCCUUCCUCUGCCAGGAGCCAUCCAUCAUCAGCGCCGCCUCCAUGGGCUAACAGAGAAAGGGAGCGUGAUCGUGAUUACAGAGAUUCAGCUCCUCCACCAUGGGCUGCUCGUGCUGCAGCCACCACAUCCGCUCAUGUUGCUUCACCUCCUCCUUGGCAGCAACAUGCCGCCCCUGGCACGAGCAGUGCUAAUACUCCUCCACCUCCUCCACCCACAGCACCAUGGCAGCAACAUUCUUCCAGCGCUCCCGCUAAUCCGUGGAGUACACUUAGCUCAGACUCAUCCGCACCGCCUCCUCCACCUGGCUACGGCAAUGCUUCUGCUUACAACGCUUACUCCUAUGCUGGAUACUAUGCACCUUAUGGAGUACCUCCACCUCCUCCAGUGGCACCUCCCGCAUGGGGUGGCGUCGUUCCAGGAAUGCCUCCACCACCACCGCCCCCUUCUUCAGCAGCACCUCCACCUCCUCCCCCGUCGCACUCAACUCCUCCGCCUCCCGUAUCACAGCCACCACCGCCUCCUCCUCCUAGCUCCUAACUCUCUAAGCUUGAUUCGACAACUAGGGGAGGUUGAGUUGAGCUUUGUGAACAACAAUUUGCUCAUGACCAACCUCUUAAUUAAUUACUUUUUGAUUUUAUUGGUUUUUUUUAACCUCAACUAACUGCUUUUAACAGGGAAAUGGGCAGAAGAAUAAAAAGAAAAGAGACCACAGUCAGGAGUGUGGUGAGACGCCUUUUAAGAUAAAAAAGGUUGUUUCGAUUCAUUCCUACAACUCGUUACUGACAACUGGAUAACUGACAUUUUUGUAUAUUCCUUUCUUUCUUUUUCUAUUUUUAUUUUU